AAUUGUUUUGUUAACUCGGUUCAGACGAUCCUAGAAGAAUUAAAAUGUUAAAACAUGGUUACGCCUGCUCAAACCCGAAGGAGGAGAGGAGUAUGGCUGGAUCUGGAGGGGAUGAGGAUCUGAGGAGACACGAGAAUUAUGAAGACGAGUAUAUAGAGCAAGGAAGAGGAAGCAGGAGUAAAAUGACUUACAGAUAUGAGGAUUCAUCAACAACGUCUACAGGAUCAUGUAGGUCAUUGAUGGACACUGACGAGGAGAUUAGGACAGCAAAGUCAGUUUGGAACAGGACUACUGAUCCCUGCUCUGAUGUAUCUCUAGCUAAAGAGAGACUAUCAAGUAAACAUGGAAUUAAAAGAAGACAGAAACCAACUCCAGUAGUUCCUAUGCCAACAGGGUCCUCAGUUGCUAAAGACGAGAAGACGAAGGAAGCCGUAAUUCUGCCGAAAAGAUCUGAGGUUACGGACACUAAGAUACAAGUUCCUCUAAUAGAGAAUAUUUAGGUUACGGACACUAAGAUACUAGUUCCUCUAAUAGAGAAUAUUUAGGUUACGGACACUAAGANCAAGUUCCUCUAAUGCAGAACAAGGACUACAUUAGCUCUACAUUUUCAAACAGGAAGUACAUGAUGAUGAUGUUCUCUGUAAUUCUCCUCUGCUUCAUUCUCUACUUCGUGUCCCUUUACUACACCAUCAAGGCGGCGAACAACACCGACCUGCUGACACAGCUAGUCAGGGAUAUCAAGAUGAUUCAGCUUGCUUUCAACAAUACCAGGAGAACUUAAUUACGGGAGCCGAUAAAUUCAUCUUCAGCAAUAUUCCGAACCAAUACUGUUAAAUGUUUGAGUCUCCGCUAAGACAUAAAAAAGUGUCAACACUAUUUUGAUAUGUUUCAUAUGUUUCGACAAUUUUAAUGUUCAUCUAUUUGCUUGCUGUGUUGCUGUAAAUGGUUGAAUCCUAUCAAUCGUAAUUCAAAAUUAAUCAAUUUUUGUGUAUUGUGUACCUACUAUUUAGUUCAAAAUAACAAUAUAUUUUUAAUCAGU